AUGGCAUCCAUAACUUUAAGUGUGACUCCAUUUCGAAACGAUCAAGAAGUACGAAAAUUAAUUGAACUUGCUUAUUCAAAUGCAAUCGAAGAUAAACGAGAAGCGAUAAACAAAAUUAACGAAUUAGAAGCAAGGAUAAGUCAAUUGCCAAUGGGUCUCGGUUCGUUAAAGCACAUUCUUAAAAUUGAAAUAAUUCGAUCAGAACAAGAAGAACAAAAUAGAACUGAUGAAAACAGUGCUCUACAAUAUGCUUGUGCAGUAGCUGUAUUAAAAUUCGUCGAUGCAGUUAGUGCUCCAUAUCGUGUUCAUCAUUCUCGUCUUUCAUAUCGGAAUAUUGCUAAACAAGUUGAUUUACCUGGUCAUAUAAUAAGUUUACGACAUGAUAUUGCUCAUCAUCAUGAAUUACCAUCAUUGUAUGAUUUACUUGCUGCUGUCGAUUUUAGUAAACAAUGGCUUCGAAAACAUUGUCUUGACGACUUAGUGGAAACGAUGGCACUCUUUAGUCAAGGUUCUUAUAGCGAAUUACUUGAAAUAAUUGCUCGUGAGACUAUUCAAGCUUAUGUGGAUGCUCGUCUUAAUUUUCUAACAAAGCGAAGUAAAAAACGACUACAAAUGGUCGAUGAACGUGUUGAAGAAAUAAGAAAAGCAUUACAAAUGUGUAAUGGAAAGGAAAUUAUGGCUGAAGUUUUCGUACAAUGCGGUUAUUUUAUAAUGGUACCCAAUCAAUUAGCACGUCUUUCUUAUGACUCAGAAUCAUCUGAUCUACUUCCAACGUGUGUAGUUCAAUUUUGGAAGCCGAUCAUUCAAUUAAUUCUUAAUGAUAGUAAUCUGGUUUCAUUAAUGAUUGAUAAAAUAUUAAAUUUUAUAACUGAUUAUUAUCGAUUAUCAUCAAGUGACUGUUCAGUAAUUGAUCGGCAAAGAAUUGGUUGGAUUUUUUAUUUCACUGAGCAAUUAUCAACUAAACUUGAUCAUUGUUUCAUAUUUAUACGAUUGGUACGUGUACUUCAACCAUGGUUUGCUGAAUCACUCUCACAAAUGGUUGUUCGCAUGUCGGAUGAUAUGGAUGGAACUCGACAAGCACUAAUAAGUGAACAAAAGCGUGAUACACUUCUUCGAACAAUUUCUAUGUUUGCUAAUCCAUUUGAGAAUAUUAACGAAGAUCAAUCAACAACAACAACAACAACGUCAUCACUUGGAUUUUUGCCACGUAAUGAAUUAUAUAAAAAAGAAACAAUGAUUUUUAAGAAACUUACAGCAGUAGCUGACGUGCCCAUUGGUUUGCUCAAUGAUGAAGAUGAGCAAAAUUUAGAAAUGAAUAUUGAUCUUUCAAAAACUGAUCGAAAUUUUCUUGGCUGUACGAGUAAACGAAAAUUGGUGGCUUCAGUACCAAUGAAAAGAAAAAGAAAUAGUUCGCCUUCGAUUGAUUCAAAGCUUUUCCAUGAUUUACUCUAUUCUCGACAUCAUUAUCGAUAUUGA